AGUAACUUUAGCUUGCUACAUGCUAACUAACGUACGGCUAGCUGUGUGAUAUUUAAAGCAGCACCUGUGUACCUGUAAGACCAGCGCUCUGUCACACGACUAAACGUAUUUGUAUAUAGAUUAUUGCUUGGUGAAUUGGCAGGCGGUAGUCUAGCGUUAAAGAACGAAAGCAGUUAAUGUUGCCCAGCCAGUAAGCUAACGUUGAUCAAUCAAUGAACAACGAGCUAGCCCCUGGUAACGUUAGGCUAGUUGUUUGUGCUGCCGCUGGGCCCGUUAUGCAGCUGACUUCUGGAUUAGUCUGUCAUACUCAAUGUGGUGGCAGAACAGCUAUCUAUGUACACUACUAUUGGGAGCAUAUUUUGAGUUUUAGAAAAGUUUUACGUGGUUCUUCGUAAAGCACGAGGCUGCUCUUUAGGAUACAUAAGGUAAUGUUAGUGCAGCAGCCAACCUGUCAAAACAUGCCCAACGUCGCCUCUGAAAAUUCAGCAAGCUGAGCAUUUAACAUUAGGAAGCCGGAGCCAUGGGUUUCUCCUUCAGUCUUCGAUGAACUGAACUAAGCUGGACCCACGCGACUCAGCCAACCUGCCCCUGCCUACAGCAGGGGCUCCCCUCUCCCCAUCGCCCUCUCCAGCUAUGGCAGGCUUCAAGCGAGGCUAUGAUGGCAAGAUCGCUGGCCUGUAUGACCUGGACAAGACGUUGGGCCGUGGCCACUUUGCCGUCGUCAAGCUGGCACGCCACGUCUUCACUGGGGAGAAAGUGGCAGUGAAGGUGAUAGACAAGACAAAACUGGACACCGUGGCCACAGGCCACCUUUUCCAGGAGGUCCGCUGCAUGAAGUUGGUCCAGCACCCCAACAUUGUGCGCCUGUAUGAAGUGAUAGAUACUCAGACCAAGCUUUAUCUCAUCUUGGAGCUAGGUGAUGGAGGGGAUAUGUUUGACUACAUCAUGAAACAUGAGGAAGGUCUGAAUGAAGAGCUGGCUAAGAAAUAUUUUGCCCAGAUUGUCCACGCUAUCUCCUACUGCCAUCGGCUGCAUGUGGUGCACAGAGACCUCAAGCCAGAGAAUGUGGUGUUCUUCGAGAAACAGGGGCUUGUCAAGCUUACUGACUUUGGAUUCAGCAACAAAUUUCAACCGGGGAAAAAGCUGACGACCAGUUGUGGAUCUCUGGCCUAUUCUGCACCGGAAAUACUGCUGGGUGAUGAGUACGAUGCUCCAGCCGUAGACAUCUGGAGUCUCGGUGUGAUCCUGUUCAUGUUGGUAUGUGGCCAGCCACCCUUCCAGGAGGCUAAUGACAGUGAGACCCUCACCAUGAUCAUGGACUGUAAAUACACUGUACCAGCCCACGUCUCCAGCGUCUGCAAAGAUCUGAUAGACCGUAUGCUUCAGAGGGAUCCCAAGCGACGGGCCUCCCUGGAGGAGAUCGAGAGCCAUGCCUGGCUGCAGGGGGUUGAUCCGUCCCCAGCCACUAAGUACAACACUCCCCUGGUCUCCCACAAGAACCUGUCCGAAGAGGAACACAACAGCAUCAUUCAGCGCAUGGUGCUAGGAGACAUCGCAGACCGAGAGGCAAUAGUCGAAGCCCUGGAGACCAACAAAUACAACCACAUCACAGCCACGUACUACCUGCUAGCAGAGAGGAUCCUGAGGGAGAAGCAGGAGAAGGAGGUCCAGACCCGCUCCUCCAGCCCUAGCAACAUCAAGGCACAGUUCAGGCAGUCGUGGCCCACCAGAGUAGACAUGCACCAGGACAUCGAGGACAGUCUGGCAGCGUCCUCGAUCUCCCAUGCUGGAGGCCCUCAGUCUCCAGCCCGCAGUGCAGAGAACCUCCUCAAUGGCCAUCGCUCCAAAGGCUUGAUGGAGCUGGGCCGACGAGAGGAAACAACGGUGACCGACUCUCCGGGACCGCCGGCGCAGGGAGCCUGUGCUGCUGCCUCCGGUCCCGCUCCUGGGUCUGGGUCUGGGUCUGGGACGGUCAGGGCCCCCGCACCAUCCACCUCAGCAGCAGCCAAACAGCGAACCUGCCUAUUCAGGGUGGAGGAGGAUGAGGAGGAGGAGGAAGAGCAUGACCCUUCUCCCCUCCCGACCCAGGUGAUCCUGCGCCGUAAGCCUCCCUCCAUCACCAACCGCCUCACAUCCAGGAAGAGCGCCCCAGUGCUCAACCAGAUCUUUGAAGAGGAGGGCGAGUCGGACGACGAUUUCGACAUGGACGAAGGCCUGCCGCCCAAACUCAGUCGCCUCAAGAUGAACAUGGCCGGAAACGCUGCCAACCUCAGCUCGGGGUCCGGCUCCUCCUCAUCCCCUGGGUCCUCGCAGAAGCGCUACCACCGACGCAAGAGCCAGGGGAGGGGAUCGUCGUGUUCGAGCUCUGAGACGAGCGAUGACGACUCAGAGAGCCACCGCAGGCGUCUGGAUAAAGACUCGGGCUUUGGUUAUGGCUGGAAUAGAAGGGACAGCAGCGAAGGGCCGCCUGGUAGCUCGGGGGGCAAUGGGGGGGGCAGCAGCUCGGGACAGAGCAAACCUCCCGGAGAGGGAGGGGGAACCUCAGGUCCGGACAGGGGGAGUCCUCCUGGAGGGGGUGGGAAUGGAGGAGGGGGCGGCAGCGGUGGAGGUGGGAGUGGUGGAGGAGGAGGGAGCAACAAAGGACAAGACAGCCCCUCCAGUUGUUGUAACAACAGUAGCACUACUAACCCCUCCCUGGGCUCUCUGCCACGCUCGUCCCGCACGGCCAGCCGCAGCACUGAGCUGGUGGAGAGCCUGAAGCUGAUGAGCCUGUGCCUCAGCUCCCAGCUGCAGCACCACCGCGGGGGGCGUGGGGGUCGAGGGGGCGGAGGAGGUGGGAAGUUCAUCAUAGACCCUCGCAGCCUCUCGGGAGGGAGUGUGAAAAUCCAGGAGAAAUCUGCCUGGAGGAUGUGCAUCGGCUCCACGGGGAGCCUGGACACCAUCACCCUCCCCACCACCGCCGCCCUGCCUCGCACCAACACCGUGCAGCACCACCACCACCGCAAAACACCGCCGCACGCCCCAUCGGGCCUGCAGGCGGGGCCGGCCGGCAGGGACGCUCACAGUAACCUGAGCACUUUGAAAAACGGCGUGCUUCAACUACCUCUGUGUGAGAAGACCAUCUCUGUCAACAUCCAGCGGGGUGGAGGCUCCAGGGAUGGCCUGCUCUGUACCUCAGCUCCGGCCAGCUGCUGCCAGGUCAUCUGAAGCCCUCGUUCGCCCUCCACAACCAGCUGAAAACCAACCUUCUCCACCUGUGGUCACCUCCCCACCUUUUCUCUCAUCCUCUCAGACACUUUGAAUACACUCCUCCUUGUAUCUCUGUCUUGUGUUUAGCUGUAGCAGAUAGCUGACCUCACAUCAGCUCACCAUCAACACACCCACCUUCUGCUGUUGGCACCUCACUUUACUGUCUCUGAGUUGUCCUGUGCUCUGCUUCCUGUUCACGUAUCAGAGGUGCAUUUUAAAGGUUUAAAAUCAGUGUUAUUGUUUUUUGUUGUUUUUUUUUUUCAUCCAAGUUUUGUGUUCCCCAGCUGCUGUUUCACAGUCUUAUUAACAACAUGCUGGUUUGGUUUUUGAAUUGGAAUUGAUGGUAAUUGGAUAUGGAAUGGAACACCUAGUAAUACAAGUACACUACUUUACUGCAGAGUACUGUGUACUGAAAAAAAAUGGUCAAAAAGCAGAAUAUUUUGAGAGCACAUUUUUAAUUAGUAGUAGUACACACUUCUUGCAAGUCUUAAUUAUUUAACAACAUGAGCAAAUUUGUAAUUUUACAGAAAUUCUAGUACUCGAAGAAUAUGUUCAAAAAUUUCACGGAACAAUUUUAGAGAAAACAUUUUGAGAUAAAGUUGUGUUGGUUUUCACCGAAGUCAUUGUGUUGCGAGGAAGAAGUUGGAAUAUUUCAAGAACAAGUCGAGAUUUCUUAAGAGAGUGUGUAAUAUUGUGACUUUCUUUCUUAUUAAAUUUAAAUUCUCUUUUGCCUUUCUUGAUAGAGACGGUGCAGAGGCAGACAGGAAAUAACAGGCAACAAAGAGAGUCAAACAGGUGAUUGUUGUGACCAUGUAGCCAUGUGCUGUUAGCUACCAAAAAACACUUCUCAGUUAUGACUUUUUUUGCAAAUGGCUCUUCUGAUAUGAGAUAAUAAUCUUAUAUUAAUUACAGCUUUAUUCUCAGAUUGUUUUGUCUUAAAACAUUACGUUUUUCUCGUUGGAAUGUCACUUUUUGUAGCCCUGUUGAGUGUGCCGUGCUUGUUGAUAGUUCCAGUGCUGUAGUGUAGCCGGCAGCCGACAGGAAACCCUCCCCAUGUUGAUCCAGACCACAGAAACACUCCUGCCAACAGCAUCGUUCCUCUUCCUCCGACCUCUGCCCCCCUCCUCUGAAUGUUAGCUGGCAGCUGGAUUCCAUGUAUAAGAAUCCAUACAGGUAUCUUUGACUAUUUCUGUCAAGGCUUUCAUUUUGACUCCAUAUUGCACUCAGACAAUCUAUUUUUAUGUUGUUCUUAGUGAUUUUUUUUUUAACUAUUUUCCCUCUUAGAAUAAGCUCCAUGUGUUCACAACAACUGCAACAUUUUAUCUGUCAAUGCCCCUUUAAAUUUGGACGAGCGUCUCUUCAUAAACGUGACCGUAGGAGACGACCUGGUGGUUUGUUCACGUGUGUGCAGCAAACGGGCGAUAAUAUUGAUACUGUACCAAGACGAUUUGGAAAUGUUACUGCUGACCAUGUAUUUAAAAUGAGCUAUACUUAUUUUUAAACUCAUAUUUGCGUGUGUUGCUGUUAGAGAACAUUAGUUGUGUCUGUCUGUGGAAACACACUACCAAUAACCAAGCAGUCUGUUCUGUUUUGACCUCUGCUGGCUUUCUUCUACUCAAACCUGCACCCACAUGUCACCCAAAGCUUACUGUACAUGUGGGUGCAGCGUGUUGACUCGUAUGUAUAUACAGUAUGUUGGAAAAAAAAAAAAAGUAAAAUUUAUUUUUAAAACUUGUACAUUUUUUUUUUUUUUUUGGAGCAAUCUGCUGUUUUGAAAAUAGACAGGGGCCUUUGUGAGGUCUUGUUGGUCAGGGGUGUGUGUGUGUGCGCACACACAACAGGUAAACACACACCUUUGCAGGAGAAAGAAAAGCUUGUGACUUUUACAGCUUUAAAUGAGCUGGCUAAGACAUGAACAAAUGAAAGACAGGAAAGGGGAAAUGUGGAAAUUCUUUAAGGGCAUUGGCAAUAAGCUAUACCGUGUGUUGCAGCUAUCUGUACAGAAAUAUUUUCAUUAGUUUCACUUUUUAAAUUCCAGACGUGCACGGCCUCACAUCGGCCACACUGGACUGAAAAAAAAAAAAGGAAAGCUGUUUUAAAUAUUUUUUUUUUCUCUCUUUGUUUGUUGUCUGAGUUUUCUUUCAAAAACCAAAUGUAAAUAGAGUUGUAAAUAUGGUGCUCUUUAUCUAGAACAGCGGAGUGAACCCUUCGGUGCAUAGUUGUACAGUAAUCUAGCCUUAUGAUAAUAGUAAAACUGUAUGGGUGUCUCAGCUAAAAAUAAAGCCGUGUGAGAAAAACGACACUAGUUCUAUUCAUACUGUCGGGUCUCUUUGACUGUCGUCUUACUCAGCCGUAUCCAGGUGAAUGACGUGCAUGUGUUUCAAUGUUUGACAUUCAGUGACACAGAGAGAAUCAGCCACAGAAAUGUUACUGGACCAAAAAAAUACAACAGAAGAAGACGAGAAAGGAGAGAGGGAAAAAAACAAAAGAAAAAAAACAAAAAAAGUUGGAACUGACAGAAAUAUUCAGUGUAUUAUUCUGUAGUUGAUACCUGUUGUCAGAAGUUACAUAUAGCUAUGGUAAUAUCCCAAAAUAAAAUGUGGAAUACUGUC